AAAGAAAGGGAAUAAAAAAAAUAUAAGGAAGAAAAAUUCCACGAUAUCGGAGUCGAUCGGUCAAUAAUAUGGAUAUACCCCACUCCUUGAUUCCCCUUCUUCGCGUGAUUAGCGGAAUAAAUUGAUUCGGACAAAGACGGGUUCACAGCCAUUCGAAAGUUAAACAGACCCGGUAACGGCUGGUAUACGGCAAAGUAUGAUCGGUUUAUUGAUUAUCGUUUAUUUCGUUGAAAUUGGUAGUAGCGCCAGCGUCGAAAAUUCAUACCGUUCACCAUGGCAUUACAAAUGCGAGGGCGGACUUUGCAAAAAGGAAUUGAUCAGGAACGAAACGUCGCCUGUUCCGUUGGAAGUAUGCGAGUUAUUCUGUGACGCGUCCAGUUCGUUGUGGCCAAAACCAACUGGCCACUUGUCUCUGAGCAGAAAUAUGGUUCACCUUGAUCCCGAGAAAAUCUCGUUAUCGGAUGCACCGAGUGGAACGCGGGUUGGAUAUCUUCUCGAAACGAAUAUAAAUUUGUUGCGACAGAAAGCGAAGAAUGUCGCCGGCAGAUUAACGGAAAGCGGUGGUACGGGUAUGCUCGUUCGAUUGAUGGGACUCGUCGAGAGCGAUCCUGUCAAAUUGACCUUAUCCACGGACGAGAGUUACACUUUAAACGUGAUUCAAGCGAACAAUACGUGGUUGGAGACAACGAUCACGGCGAAAUCCUAUUUCGGCGCUCGACACGCGCUGGAAACCUUGAGUCAGAUGAUCGUUUUCGACGAGUAUCGUGACCAGAUCCAAAUUCCAAAAGAAAUCUCGAUCACCGAUGGACCAACGUAUCCGUACCGUGGGUUGCUACUGGAUACAAGCCGAAAUUUCAUCGCGAAAUCGAAGAUAUUAGAAACGAUCGAUGGAAUGGCAAUGUCAAAAUUAAACACUUUGCACUGGCAUAUCGUCGAUUCGCAAAGUUUCCCGUACGUUAGUCGAACGUGGCCAAAAUUUUCUACGUACGGUUGUUACUCUGCCGACAAGAUCUACGAGGAGAAGGACAUUCGAGAGAUCGUAGAAUACGGGAUAGUUCGCGGUGUAAGAGUAUUACCGGAAUUUGACGCGCCAGCCCAUGUAGGAGAAGGAUGGCAAUGGGCAGGAAACGACACGAUCGUUUGCUUCAAAGCGGAACCAUGGAAAAGUUAUUGCGUCGAGCCACCGUGCGGUCAACUUAAUCCAACCAGCGAUAAAGUGUACGAACUGCUCGAAGGAAUAUACAGGGACAUGCUGCGAGAUUUUCAGCCGGAUCUAUUUCACAUGGGAGGAGACGAGGUGAACCUAAAUUGCUGGAACUCUUCGGUCGUAAUUAGAAAGUGGAUGCAAGAGGUUAAAGGUUGGGAUCUGACGGAAAGGAGUUUCUACAUGUUGUGGGAUUAUUUUCAAGAGAGGGCUUCGGAAAAGCUAAGGCUCGCUAACGAAGGGACGGAUAUACCGAUCGUUUUAUGGACCAGCGGUCUAACCAACCAACAAAACAUCCACCGCUUGGAUCCUGAUAAAUACAUUGUACAAAUUUGGACGAGCAAGGAUGAUCCUACCGUCGCUACGUUAUUGCGAAAUAAUUUCCGAGUAAUCUUUUCGAAUUACGAUGCUCUUUAUUUAGAUUGCGGCUUCUCGGCUUGGAUCGGCGAAGGUAAUAAUUGGUGUUCACCUUACAAAGGCUGGCAAAUUAUUUACGACAAUUCCCCUUCGAAGAUAAUUAGGUCGCAACGUUUCGAGAACAAAAGGCAUCUCGUGUUAGGAGGCGAAGCAGCUCUUUGGACGGAACAAGCCGACAGCGUGUCCCUCGAUUCAAAGUUAUGGCCUAGAUCCGCGGCGCUUGCCGAGAGACUCUGGGCAGAGCCGAAUUCAACGUGGAUUCAUGCGGAACACAGAAUGCUCAGACACAGGGAGCGGUUCGUGAGAAGAGGAAUUGCUGCCAAUGCCUUGCAACCCGAAUGGUGUACACAAAAUCAAGGCCAUUGUUACGCUUAAUAAUCCUACCUUUUAUGCGCACGUUAUUCCAUCAUUAUCAUUAUUAUUUUUAUUAUUUUUAUUAUUUUUAUCUUUACUUUUAUUUGAUUUAUUAUACGGG